AUGCUCUCGAGGUCAGCACUCCAGGACCUAUCCAAGGGCUCAUGGCUCAUAAAUCGAGAUCUGAAGAGAUACAUUUCGACCAUGAAGACUAAAAAGAAGGAACAUAAACAAACAACAAAAAUAGACUGUGCAGAAUAUAAAAACUCCGGCAGCUCGCAUUUACCCAAGGUUCCUGUCCCCUUGAAGUUAAAUGGAAAAAGAACCAUUGUUCCUAAGGUCCCUACCACCGACUAUAUCCCAUCUCUUGAGAUGCAAACAGAGGGAUUAUUCGCAGGAUAUAAACCACUGUUUUUGGGAAAUCAUGUACUGCCGGUCAAGAAGCAAUUACCGGAGGAGCUGAAGGCGUUGAACUUUAUAAUACCGAAAAUAUCAAGAAUUAACCUAUUUUCUUCCAAUGCUGUUGAAACUCUGAAUCCCGACCAUGUUUCGCCAUUAGAUAACGAUGGAGUCAAAACAAUUGAUAUAAAGAAUAUCCUUAAACGUUCAGAUGCAGAAGUUCACCCGUCAGAUAAUAUUGAUAAUACUGUUGCCAAAAAGACAGAAACUUUAACAAGGAAACCUGUUAUACCAUGGGAUGCAUCAAUUAGUGGAGUAAUUUAUAACGACCAUCCUUUUAAAAAUGUUCCAGGAAGGAUAAUAUCCGAAUUGAAGCCCUUCAAGAUAAUGAAAGGAAAGCAUAUUAAGUCAGGCCAUGAGAACGUGCUUAAGAAUGAAAAAAUAAAACUAAGAGUGCAUGCAAGAAUAAGUGAUGAGUCCGAACUUAUUAAUAUUUAUGAUAUUAACCACUCUCUAAAAAUCUCCAACCAACGAAAGCAAAUACAUAAUCUGGGAACAUCCAAAAAGCGUUACAUACAAUCAAUAAUGAGUUACAAUGUUUGGAUUAAGAACUUGAUUUCCAAACAUACCAUUCUCCAGAAAGACCAAAGAAGUUUAAAAAAUGAUAUUCAAACUUUAAAUUCUUUUCUGGCAGAUGAAUUUUAUAAACUGACAAAAUUGACAAUAUAUUCAGACAUCAAGGAGGUCCAAUUACCCCUCUAUAUCUACGUUUCCAGCACGAUAUCUUCUAAAAGAGCAUUCAAUCGAUUUUUAAAAAAGAGGAUAUUUGACGAAAUAGGACCGAUUUACUCAACAGUAAGAUCAGCAUUGCAAGAUAAGGAAGACGUCUCUAAAUUUGAUGAAAAACUGAGACGGAACAUAGUAGGUAUUGUUAAUGACAUAAAACAGUUUUUGCCGUCAACAAAAUUUUAUAAUGAGGGUGUUGCUUGUAUUGAAGCAUCUAGCCCUGUUCCUGGCUUCAAGAGAAUUUAUUGGCUGAGCCGAACUAAAAGGUUUAAUACUUUUUGGGGCAAGAAUUAUGACAAGGAUUUCGUUGUAAACUACACUGGUGAAUUUUCUGCAUCACGAAACGGAAUACGGUACAUGUCUUAUCCAGUGAACCUCGUCUCUUCCACAUUUGAUACUGUGUUUUCAGAAUGGAAAAAUUGA